AUGGCGCUGAUCAUCACGAGUGCUGCACGAGUCAAUGGCUAUACCGGCGUGGCAUCAAGUGGAGCUAAUCGUUGGCCGACUCAACCAGACUACAAUAGAUAUUCGAUCUAUCGUACCUUUCAGAGCGAGCUGUACAACAAAAUAAGCGUUCAAAGGAACACGAUGCCUCCGAUAUACCCAGUGACCCAAGGAGACGAUCACACACUGCGUGGCCUACGUGAAUCCGUUGUCGUCGACGAUGGACUUGAUGAAAUCUCGUUUCCAAUUGCCAAUAUCGACACCUGCGACUGCGUCACCUUCCCCCCUGAUGGCUUUACCCUGGCCCCGUGCAGCGGCGACGCGUACUGGGGAGUCUUCCAAGUAAAAUUCACUGAUGGAAGUUGCUACGACGUCGCGUUUGACGAAACCAGAGUGUACGCGAAUUGCCCCAGUGGUGCAACGGAUGAAUGGGAAAACGAUGCCAUUCUGUGCGAAGUCGACUUUACCGAGGGAACGGACACACCCGAAGAUCUACCAACGUUGAACGAGAUCACGACGCCGUUCCGUCAACAAGAUACUGCUGGGGGAGCCAAAAAGACUAGAAUUCACUUGAGCGUCCACCGUUUGCUGGCCCUUGCAGUUGAAGCGAUGUUUGCGCUCCAGGGUCCUUGGAACUGA